UCCUCCUGCCCGCGCCGCUCUAGCUCCUGAAACUGUGCCAUACGGUACGGGCGUACGUCUACAGCUGUGCCCGAAGCUGCCCGGUCGCUUGGCCUUGUUAACCCGAUGAACGUUUGUGCUGUGUGUGAUGAAAAGCUAAACUAUUUACUUGGUUGAAACUACAACUUUCAAGUUGGACGAUGGCGUACAAUGGAGAACUGAUGGCUCGUUUGGGAUACGCCCCACCCCAAGCUUCAGGCAGAGAGGGCGGUGCAGCAGUUGACACCACAGAUCAAGAACUGAAGAGAAUGUCAGAGGAGACUGUACAAGAAGCAGUCAGUGAAGAAGUCUUCUCUGGUUACCAAGCAACCACUGUGACACCUGGUGCCAUCAAGCAUCCUGGAAACAUCGUAGAGGCAGCGUCACUCUCAGCGGUACCUCUUCCAGAAGCCACAUACAAGCUUGCCUCAUCAAUACCAAAUAGUAUCAUAAAGGGCGGCAAACUCAGCAAUCUACAACUUGAAGGAAUUCAAUAUGCAUGUCAGCGACACCAGAAGAUAUUGGCCAAUGGUUGCCGGGCGGGGUUCUUUAUGGGUGAUGCCGCCGGAGUUGGUAAAGGGCGACAGAUUUCGGGAAUUAUUCUUGAUAACUAUGUACGAGGGAGAAGGAAGCACAUUUGGUUCAGUAUAUCAUCUGAUUUGAAAGUGGAUGCUCAAAGAGACGUCAAUGAUCUUGGAUGUCAUAUCAAAAUCAUAGAGGGGUGUCAGCAUCUGGAUAGGGAAACAAGGGCUUUUGGUCUGUCUGCCAGUAUGAAGGAGGGUGUCGUAUUCAGCACGUAUGCAACUCUUGUAUCAUCAGUGCAAAAAGGUGUGAUUGGACGUCAGAGUCGUUUAAAGCAGCUGAUUGAGUGGUGUGGGGGAGAUCAGUUUGAUGGAUGUCUCAUCUUCGAUGAAUGUCACAAAGCUAAACACUUCAUCCCGGGCAAAGAAAAGAACAGCACAAAAAUUGCAAUGGCCGUGACAUCAAUCCAAAGGUUACUCCCAAAAGCGAGAGUUGUUUAUUGCAGUGCUACCGGAGUAACAGAUGUGAAAAACAUGGCUUUCAUGGAGAGGUUGGGCCUCUGGGGCGAAGGAGCUUCUUUCAAGACCUUUGAGCAUUUCCUGGACACCAUCACCAGGAAAGGACUUGGUGCCGCGGAGAUGUUGGCUAUGGAAAUGAAAGCAUCUGGCAUGUACGUCUCUCGUGGCCUGAGCUUCCAGGAGGCGGAGUUUGAAACCGUGGAAACGUCAUUGACCGAGGAACAGGUCAAGAUGUACGACAUGACAACGCAUGUAUGGGCUGAGGUACAGAGAUCUUUGGAGGUAGCCCUGGGCAGGACCAACACAGCUCCUGGCAGGAUCUGGUCUAUGUUUUGGUCUUGCCAUCAGAGGUUUUUCAAACAGCUUUGUCUUGGCGUAAAGGUCCCUACCAUUGUUCAAGAAGCCAAGACAUCAUUAGCAGAAGGGAAAUGUGUCGUUAUUGGACUUCAAACGACCGGCGAGGCAAGCCUUGAGAGUGAGAUGACAAAGUACGAUACCACUCUGCCUGGUUUUGUGUCUGUAGCAAGAGAAAUCUUGAACCGGUUCAUCCAGCAACAUUUUCCGACCUCUAUCGUACAUCCAACUGGCUUAGAGCCUGAGGUAGAUGAGUGGUGCAGUCAAGCCAAGGAAUUGUUACUAGGAUUUGUCAAGAAGAUUGAUAUGCCGAAUAGUCCUCUUGAUGACAUUAUAGACCAGCUUGGUGGUCCAAGCUGUGUUGCUGAGAUGACCGGCAGGAAAGGUCGAGUGGUCAGAGUUGACCCAGGGGGAUCCGCUGUCCAGUAUGUUCUGAGGUCGGGUGAAGCGGGAGACGUGGACAGUCUCAACGUUCAAGAGAGGAAUCACUUCAUGAACGGCCACAAGCUAGUAGCCAUCAUCUCGGAUGCAGCGAGCACCGGUAUCUCCCUGCACGCGGACACCAGGGUACCAAACCAGAGGAGAAGGGUCCACCUGACCAUAGAGCUACCCUGGUCAGCUGACAAGGCGGUCCAGCAAAUGGGAAGAUCGCAUCGCUCAAACGAAAGCAGUGGACCGUUGUACAAGCUCUUAACAACUAACCUUGGAGGAGAGAGGAGAUUCGCAUCAGCUGUCGCCAGAAGGCUACAAUCCUUAGGUGCUCUGACCCAGGGAGACAGACGUGCAGCUACUGGGGCUGACCUGACCCAGUUCAACUUUGACACGCCUUACGGUCGUUCAGCACUCCGCACAAUGUAUCAGGCAAUCAGCAAGAGAGAGCUGGUGGGAGGCGUACCAUUAAAUCUCAUGACCAAAGGAUUGGUGGAGUUUUCUUCCUUCAAUGAUCAUAUGAGGGAUUGCCUAGUCCAGAUGGGCGUUGCCAGUUUGAUUGACACCAGUCUUGUUAUCCAGGAUAAGGAUCAGAGUGGCGUGGGCAAGUUUCUCAAUCGGAUCCUAGGACUGACCGUGGCAAGACAGAACAUGAUCUUCACCUAUUUCUUUGGGUCUCUCCAAGCAGCCAUUGCAGCAGCACGAAAGGAAGGGAAAUAUAACGAGGGACUGGUCGACAUCAUGGCAUCGAGCAUUGAGAUGGUAGGGAGCCCUCGUGUGAUGUUUACAGAUGCCAAAACAAGCACUCCCGUUAGUCACGUUUCCUUGGAGGUGGAUCGUGGAAUGAGCUGGGAGGGAGCCAUCAAGAGAGCAGAUAACUUCCAGGGCAAGCACGAUGGUUUCUAUCGCUCCAAGAGGGAACAGUUUGGCGGAUACAUGUACCUGCUGGCCACAAAGAAACAGAACUCUACCCACUUCUACAAGAUUUGUAGACCCAAUACCGGUGUGUCAGGGUUUGAUGAGGAUUUUUCAGAACUGUUGUUGAGGUACCAGCCAGUAUGCCGAGAGGAUGCUGAAGUACCAUGGAAAGACUACUACGAAAGGUCAAAGGAUCAUUGUAUUCAUGGACCGAGAUGUAAAAAUGCAUCGAUCUGUCGAGUUGGUGCUCGUCUGUAUCAGUUGGAUCUGAUAUGCGGAGGCACCCUGACCCUCAUGACCUCAUUAGAAUGUACGCUCCAACACCACGCGGGAAGACUUCAACUCAGUAAGACGGAGAGUAGCAUGCGAGUAGUUCGGGUCCAGCUGAGUAACGGGAAGAGAGUGAUUGGCGUGAGGUACCCCAGCAUUCUCAUUCCCGUAGCUGAAGAGGAUCUCAAAGAAAAGAGGGUGCUAGAAAAAGUUCAAAACAAAUUAGGAAUUGGUCCAUCAGCUGUCUCAUCUCCAUCCAACCACCAAGCAUCCUCGGCUCCCGACCUCAGCUCAGUGUCAAAGGUCAUAGUCACAGAGGAUGAGUCUCCCGUCCAGCCCAAGUUUGUCUCCAAGGCCAUGACCCCUGCCCCCACACUCACCAGCUAUUUCAAGGUCAAAGAACAACCUGCUGUUACAAAGGGAACAAACCCCAAAACAAUAGAAGUCAUUAUAGAUGAUGAUGGUCAAAGAGACAAUAGCGGUAAGAAGAGGAAGCAUGUCGAUGCUGUUUCAGAUGCAAGCAGCAGUGAAUCCACCCAGGGAGACCCUGGACCAAAGGAAUUCGCUGCUCCCUCUGGCAAGAAACCCUUGCAGGACAUUAAGAAUGGUAGCGUGUUGACACCGGGGAGCAGCCUCAUCACUUCGCCUCCUGUGAAGAAGUGCAAGAGACAACCGUCCAUCUUGAACUCGUUCCAGAAAGCAGGGGAGAGUAAGGUCGAGAAAAAGGUCGAGAAAAAGGUAGUCUGUCCGAUAUGCGCCAAAGAGCUGCCUCUUGGAACCAUGAAUAAGGACCUCAAUAAACACAUAGACACUUGCCUUGCAGCUCAAUAGAGCUACUUUUCCAUGGUACAUUGGUCAUAAGCUUCCUUAUGGUUUCAAAAAGCAGGGGAGAGUAAGGUCGAGAAGAAGGUCGAGAAAAAGGUUGUCCGAUAUGCGCCAAAGAGCUGCCUCUUGGAACCAUGAAUAAGGACCUCAAUAAACACAUAGACAUUUGCCUUGCAGCUCAAUAGAGCUACUUUUCCAUGGUACAUAGGUCAUAAGCUUCCUUAUGGUUUCAAAAAGCAGGGGAGAGUAAGGUCGAGAGCAAGGUCGAGAAAAAGGUUGUCUGUCCGAUAUGCGCCAAAGAGUUGCCUCGUGGAACCAUGAAUAAGGACCUCAAUAAACACAUAGACAUUUGCCUUGCAGCUCAAUAGAGCUACUUUUCCAUGGUACAUAGGUCAUAAGCUUUCUUAUGGUUUCAAAAAGCAGGGGAGAGUAAGGUCGAGAGCAAGGUCGAGAAAAAGGUUGUCUGUCCGAUAUGCGCCAAAGAGUUGCCUCGUGGAACCAUGAAUAAGGACCUCAAUAAAGAUAUAGACACUUGCCUUGCAGCUCAAUAGAGCUACUUUUCCAUGGUACAUUGGUCAUAAGCUUCAUUAUGGUUUCAGAAAGCAGGGGAGGGUAAGGUCAAGAAAAAGGUCGAGUAGAAGGUCGUCUGUCCGAUAUGCUCCAAAGAGUUGCCUCGUGGAACCAUGAAUAAGGACCUCAAUAAACUUAUAGACACUUGCCUAACAGCUCAAUCGAGCUACUUUUCCAUGGUACAUUGGUCAUGAGCUUUCUUAUGCGGUUAUAUAAUAAACUGCCAAGCAGCUCAAUGGAACUUCUUAUACAUGGUAUGUAGAUUGUAAGCUACAAUGUACCUUAUUUAAAGCCUAGCUAAGCAACAUGUCUCAAUAUACUGGCUCAAAAUAUCUUGGGGAAACAUACAUAUUUGUGAACAAGGACCUCAAUAAACAUAUAGACCCUUGCAUGGUAGCUAAAUAUAGCUUCUUAUACAUGGUAUGUAGAUGUACAUUAUAAGCUUAUUUAAAGCAUAGUUAAGCAACAUGCCUCACUCAACUGGCUCAAAAUACCUUCGGAAAAUACGUGUUUGUGAGCAAGGACCUCAAUAAACAUAUAACAAUAUGAUAUUUCGCUUUUAUAUAGCGCUUAAUACAAUGUCUCUAAGCACUUACAGAUAUACUAAUACCCCGGUCAUUGGAUUCAGUGCUUGCCCGCACACAGUUUGUGCACAAUCUCCACUCCCUGGGGAGCAUAUAGACCCUUUCCUGGCAGCUCAAUAUAACUACUUGUACAUGGUAUGUAGAUGUUCAUUGUAAGCUUCAAUGUUUAAAGCCUUGUUCACUUGUGAUUCAAGAAACAGCCUGUAAAAACCACUGCAACCAAAUCAAAUGAUAUCAGUAUAAUAUGCUUUACAUACCCGUAUCUUUAACAUACAGAUAGGGCAUUAUAUAUACUGGAAAAUGAAUAAUAUAAAUGUUAUGGUAUAUACAUGAAAAUGUGGAGCUGUGUUACAAGAAUUUUAUUCUAUGUCACCCCCACUUGCCAUUAUGUUAUAAAUAACAAGUUUUUUUUAUAUAUUUCCUUGGUGGUAAUUUAGGCAUUUUACUUGUCAUAUUUGGGCAAGGCUUUAAGUUUUGAAAGUGCCAAAGACUUUAAUAUGGUAAUGUAUUCAACUAAAUUUAUCAAAAUAUUGUUGUAAACAUGUACUGUAUGUUUAGUAGCUUCAGAAUUGAUAUUCAAGAUAUUCAAUUAUUGAGUAAAUUGUUCACAAACUGUACAUGUGCAUUUGUAAUGGCAGGGAACCUGUGCAUAUUGGCUUUAUUGCAGAUAACUGAAAAUAAACUUAUUGAAAUACAUUUUUGUCUCAUAAAUACAGGAAUCCCCUUGAAAUCUACAUAUUAAUCCAUCCAGGUAGUUCUGAAUUUCCUUUGAGAAUCUGUAACAUUUAUGUUAUUCAUUAUUUGUUUUAAAAUAUGAUCUAGAUUUGUACACAAAAAUAAUCUUCAAUUAUACUCGAGCAAGUAUCUUGUUGUGCUAAAUAUAUUACUCAUUGCGGAUAUAGUAUCGAAAAUAAUAUCGCUAGUGACAUUCGUUUGUCUCGCAAUCAUAUGUAUGGUCAACAAGGAAUCAAAAGAUCACGAUGUUUCGUGUGCCGCUGCUACACUUCGUCAGGUGAUAAAAUAUAUUGUAAGCAAGUAUCUUGUUGUUUUGAAUUUGUAGUGUACAUUUAUUUCAAACGAGAAAAUUGAGCUAUACGAGUGCAAGUUUCUACCAAUUUUUAUAACAAUUAUGAUGAAAAAAUAAUCAAUAAUAGUAUUUACAUAAGAGAUGGUAAUGGCUGAAAAUUUGCUUGAAAUAUUUGUUAGAAUUGUUGCCAAUUUAACAAACAUACAUUUUCAUUUUUAACAUAUUUGACAAAUUUUUACAUUUGCUCCUGCAACAAUUUCUCCAUGCUCUUUUUAGUCAAAGGGUAUAAGGUUACGGUUGCAAUUGGGUGAGUUUUAGGUAAGGGUUUAGGUUCAGGUUUAGAUUUAGAGUUAGGUUUAGGUUUAGGACUUAGGGUUAGUCUUAGAUAUAGUGUUGAAUCCAGGAUUGAAGGUUAGAAUUCGGUUAGUGUAGGAAAUUGAUGCAGAGCAAUUAUCGCAGGAGGACUUGUACAACCUCUUAAUAACAUUGCCUUGUAUUUGACAUACAUGUAUUUACACUUCAGUCUUUUUGAUGGUUUCAAUGGUGUGUGGAAUAUAUCAAAUAUCUGUAACAUUUUUUUUGUCAUCUAAGUUUCAUACAUAGCAAGCAUUAUGCAUAAUCCCAUGUUGGUCUAAAUCAGUUGAUGUCGAGUUCUAGUUGGUAUGGAAAAUAUAUUCUCACAAAAUCAAUCCAACUAAACCUGAAUGUUUGAAAUUAAUAUUAAUAUUAAUUAAUAAGUGCCAAAGAGUUUGAGUCGAAUAGAUAUUGGAGCUGAGCAAUAAACAACAAAAUGUUUAAACAUACAUUGUCUGUUUCGAAGCCAAAAGGGCCUUGAUCCAUUAUCUUUAGAAAAAGGGUAAAGGGCAACCCUGCCCUUGUAAUAACUUCAUUGGUAUGAAAGCAGAAAGAAGUUAAGAGUGUUUGAAAUAUGAGACCAUUAAAUCUAUGUGAAUCGCAUAUAUGUUUUUCAGAUUUUUCUGCUCUCUUUUAGAGUAGUUUAAUGUUAAGGUAGGAUUUCCCUUUAACAGUAAUCUGGCUCUUAACAGACCACAUAAAGUUGUCCCAACUGACGUUCUUGAAUCGUCGGUUGGGAGUGAAAAAGUGUUAAUUCAUAUAAACCUUCUUGCCUUGGAAAGAUUAUAUGUGAGUUGUGCCUUUCAGUAAAUGUGAUUUCCAGGAAGUUCUUGUUGCUUUCUUUAUAUUCUGCUGGUCUGAACAGCCAUCAACGACUUGACAAGUAUUUUGAACUACUUUAAGCCAAGUCUCACUGAAAUGAAAUUCCAGUAACAGAACCCGAGUUAAAAGCUUUAAUGCGUGAUAUGAUGUUACAUCUAGAGAUACAGUGAAACCUGUCUAAAAAGACCACCCAAGGGAGACAAGAAGAGUGAUCUUUAUAGGCAGGUGGUCUUUAUGUUCAGGUUCCUUUAGUACAUGUGUCAAUGAGAAACCAUUUUCAAGGGAAAUAACGAAUGUGGUCUUUGUAGACAGGUGGUCACUAAAGCAGGUUUGACUGCACAAUCAUUACCAAAUUGUGAAAGCUGCAAUCAAGUGAGUUUCUCUUUCAUUCGGUGCUAAAAAAAGAUAUCUAAAUCAGAGGAUAUAACAACAGAAAUUAUAACCCAAGAGAUAGUUUUACACAUAAUAUUCAGUAGCUUUUAGAACAGUUGUAUACAUGUAUAUUUAUACUGAUGUUACUAAAUACAGACUUAACAAUCAUGUUUUCAUAUA